AUGAAUUGGAACUGCAACCGAGUUCCCGUGAUGGAGUGCCUAGUAGUCUUGGCUAGGUCAGCCAUGCCGAAACUAAGAGGUCAUACUGUGCUGGCCAAAGAACUGCUCUGGAGGUGCUUAACGACCCUGGAUGCGCGCAAGGAGUGUUCGGGUAAUAUCAGAUCUUCCAGUUCUCUGCCAGAGUUUUUGCGGGGCAAAUUAUUACAAGCUUCGCAGAUA